AUAUACAUAUACCCAGCAACAGUAGAUACAGUUGCUGACCAGAUUUAAUCAAGUGAAUGGCAGGUGGAGUUGCAGUGACGGUCCGUUCAGCCAGCCCACGAUCAGCAAUAGUGAGGAUAGGGUACACAUUUCUAUAAAUUCAGAGAUAAAAAGUAAGAAAAUGUCUAAAGAAUCACAUCAUCACAAUCGUUUAUUAUUGAAAACAUUUAACAAUGUAUGUGCUGUUUUCAAAACAGUUAUAUUAAAAAGUUUAGCUAAAAUUGUUUACAGGGACCUGCGUAUGUUUAGACUGCAAAACAACGGAUUGUUUUAUAAAGAACCAUAUCAGUUGAUCCAGUUACAUGGGUCACGUACUCAAAGUCUCACUCCUGGGUCAUUCCUGGCGCCAGUUGCUGCUCAUAUAAAUAAGUUACAAAAGAAAUUAAUAAGCAGUAUAUAUAUAUAGACAUACAUAUACAACAAUUAAAGUAAGCUCUACAAAGAUCAACAUAUUAAGGAUGUUGUCUGUGCACACAAAGUGUCUCUAGGUACUCAAGCGCUGGCUGGUCAUGGCUACUCACACUACUUUAUACAAUGGUUGAAUGGUAGAAGGCACUUCCACCCAGAAUACUUGUUACUCAAGUUUCUGCCAUUGUUAGUGCGGGUCGACUCAUGUACACCGGGUGUCUGCCAUGUCACGCACAUUGGGGACCGUGGCUUUGUCGGGGGACAAAGGACAGACACAUCAGCCAGGAUUUGACCUGAAUACAGCCUCAUAGAGGUGAAAAACAGUUUCGUGACGAUUUUCUUUUACCUGGAGAUAGCUUGACAGUCGUGAAUAGUGAAGUAGGAGGUCAGUCGUGAGGACCUGCAGAUCUUCUUUACAGUUUCUAAAAUAAGUUACAAGAAAGUGAAAAUGGCCUUCUGUGUUUUCGUCGGUUGAAACAACCGGUGGGUAACUAAACAGUUAUUAGCUUCGCUGGAAGGGGAAACAAAUCACCAAAAAACAAAAAAAAACGCCCCAAAAUGUUCCAACAAAAUCGGUCUCACUUCCUCGUGGGAGGGUUCCUGGUGUGUGUUAUCUGCCUCCUCCUCUUCAUCUACCUCCUGCCAACCUACCGAAACCGGCCUCAGCAUAUGUCUUCAGACGUGGAGCCACAGUCGAGUGACCAAGAGUCUAGAAUGUUCCAUGCGGACCGGCCGGGAUGCCCAGAAUGCACUUCAGCAUCCCAUAUGAGGGAACAGCGCAACACCUUAUCCAAAAUGCUGAACGAUUUAAAACAACAGUUGGGACAACUAGAGUGCGACAAGGCGAAACUACAGAACAAAAAAGAUGUGUCCAGCAGUGGUGGCUGGUGCAAAGAAGAAAGUGACCCCAAGGAAUCUAAAGCUCACCUGUUUGACCAGAAAAUGGCGGAUUCUCUCAGUCGAUUUCUGUCCGGCCAGAGUGUUGGAAGCUUUGGUGACGGUCCAGGAAAAUACAAGGAGUAUCUCCUCCAACAAGGGCUGGUCGCCUCCUACGACGCCUACGACGGGGCCCCCUUCUGCGAAAACGUCACAUCCGGGGCCGUCAAGUUCAUGGACCUGACGCUUCCUCAGUUCGGACUUCCGGUGUACGACUGGGUCGUCAGUCUGGAGGUGGCGGAGCACGUGCCUGCACGCUUCGAGGUCGUGCUGGUCGACAACAUCGCGCGCCACGCGCGGAAGGGCAUCGUGCUGAGCUGGGCACAUCCGGGUCAAGACGGGUUUCAUCACGUGAACAACAAGAGCCCUGAAGAUGUUAAACGCCUGCUGGACGAAGCUGGUUUCCAUCCGCAUGACAACGACAGCUUGUCGUUAAGGAAAAACUCAACAUUCUUUUGGUUUCGAGAAAAUAUCUUCGUGUUUAGAAGAAAAUCGGAAGCCAGUCUAAUAGAAGACGAUGCAUAGACAGGGAGUCACACUACAAUUAAAGGGUAUUUAGUGGAAGAGUUUAAAGUCUCGUUACUUCAACAUGAUGUACCUAUAUAUACUGACUGACUGGCACUUUCGAGACAGAACAUUUAAAGACCUAGCGGGUUAUAUUUUAUUUUUUUAUUCUGUGAUUGGGUGAAAGCUCAGUACAAAGUCUCAUGUCACAAACUCUGGUUUUAAUCGCUCCUUUGUUCUCGAAAUACCAUGAUGCCUACAAACAACACUACUAUGCACAGGUGGAAGUAAAAUUUGUGGAGACACGUUUAUUCACAGACAGGUCAUUAUAAUUUUAUGGUCCCAGCUCUUCCCCUGAGUUGAAUCAGCAGAGGUAUCAAAUAAAAAUAACAGAAAAUUUUUAUUAUUUUUAUUAUUGUUUUACUAAUUGGCUCCUGCUUGUGUAGAAGUAGAUCUGUUGACACGCAUGAUUAUUGCAAAUAUUUUUAUUUUGAUGUGGUUUGUAAUGUUGUAUUUUGCUAAAACCAAAUUUUUGCCUUAAACACUGAGGGACAAAUAAAAAUAUCAGAAAAUUA